UGCAGACCAAAAUGGCUGUAACUAUUUCCCUUCUCAAAUUUAUUUUGCUAACCCAUUUCGGAGAAGGGCGCAGACAUUUCGCGUUGCAAGGAACAGUGUGACGGCCAGAAAGCUACAAUCGGAUCUUCUUCCCGCUACUGUUGUCGAUUUCAGAUGUCGCUGCACCUUGGUAAUAUAUCACCUCACAUUCGUAGAGAUGAACUGGAGAGUGUUUUCCAGAGGUUUGGGCGGUGUACUGUACGUCUGAAAGACAAAUUUGGAUUUGUUGUUUAUGAUUACCCUGCAAAUGCAGAAAAAGCACUGAAAAUACUUCGAGGCAAGGCUAUCUGUGGAGAGCCGAUAACUCUUUCAUGGUCAAAUAGGCAGCCUCAGCCAAAGCCUCUCCAGAGAUUUGCUAAGGGUGCUAGGGUCUUUCAGCCACCACGGGGGAAACACUUUGGUAGACAUGAUUAUGUUUCUCGAGAUAUGGGUUACAAUGGUCAACAAGGUCAUAAAAGGGGCUUUAGGUCAGCAGAUAUCAAUGGUGGAAGGACUGGGUAUGCCGAGCCAGUUGACGAACUUACAAGCCAUCAUGGCUAUGUAGAAGAUCAUUCUUUUGUGGAUGAUUUUCCUGAUGACAGUGGAGGGAGAGAGGCAACAGUUUUGCAAAAUGGUAGGUGGGAGGAGCAGGGUCUUGAACCCUUGAACCAGAAUGGCCUAGAAAAUGGGCCACACUUUGACCGGUAUGUGCCUUCCUCUGCUGAUGAGAUAAAUGAACAUGAUCAUCUGACCUGCAUGGCAGAUUUGCCCUCUCGUAGGAAGCCAGAAGAGAAAACAGAAAAAGAACACUCUAACACUGGUGGGAAUACAUUAGCUUCAAGGUCGCAAAUAGAUGUCAAGGAAGAAGAAAGAUUUAGAAAUAGCCACAGGGCAAGACACAGAGAUUCUUCAUUGGAAAGAACUACUCAUCAAAGUGGGAGAAAGGACUAUAGGGAAAAAAAGCGAAGGAGGGAUAACCCUGAAAGCACAAGAAAUUAUUCAAAGAAUGCACGGGCACCAGUCACAAAUUCAACUUCUUCUGAUCAUACAGCUUCUGAAUCACAUUUGCAUUCAAGGUCGUUAAAGUCUUUGUCCAUGUAUCCUUCAAAUUCAAGGCCAAAAUCAUCUCCUGCCAGAAAAAAUUCUCGAUACUCAAUAAGGUCUGGUUCAACAUCACACUCAAAGUCAAGCUCUCCUACAUCUCAGCCUUUAUCUGUCUCACCAGAUCAAUCCUUAUCCUCAUCUUCGAAUAAGAUGCAGAUAGAGCAGAAGGAUUUGCAUCAGGAGUCGAAGGUAGAUAUUUUGGAAGGGGAACCAGUGGCAAAAAAUGAGGCUAGUUCAGACUACUCAUUUAAAGAAGUGAAAGAUUCACUUGCCCCAGACUCCGACAUUGGUGACCCUACUGGGUUUCCUCACACUUUGGAAGAGAUAGGGGAAUUUCAAAAUAAUAAUGAUUUAACAUUGCAACAUUCAAAGUCUCAAAGCCAGAACCCAGAUGUCCAUAUUUCUGAGCGAUCCCUUGUUGCCAAUGCGAUGAAACUAUCAUCAGAGGAACUAUGCAUGGUUCUAAAACACUACAGACUGGAACAGCCAGAGGAAAUGGAUAAAGACUUACCUAUAGAAGAUUGCUUGGGCUGUGCUCGGUUAUGGCCUUGGGAAAUCAUCUAUUAUAGAAGGUACAAGAAGGGACAUAUCUCAACUGAAAACUACACCCGUAGGCUUGCACAAAAUAAAGAGUUUGGAAUUGUUGACAAGUAUGUCCGAAGCAGUAGCGGGUGGGGUGAAGUGUAAACAGAUCUGUUUUGAUGUACGUGUGCACCAACAUGUCAUGGCAUAGAUUACCCUAGUACCCAUUUGCUCAUCAUGUUAUCUCUAUAGCUAUUUGCAUAUCAAGAUACUUCAGUUACAAACUGUUGUGGUAUCAAACUAUCAAACCUUGCAUAAAGUUCUAAAGUAGUUUUAGUAGUUAUCCUUUUUUCUAUUCCCAACGAGCAAAGGAAAAUUAAUCUGUUAAA